AGAGGAAAGGAAAAGUUUAUAUUAACACAACGAAUUGAACAGCAGCCACCUCAUACAUUUGGCCCUCUCAAAUUUGCUAUACAUUCCUCAUCGAAGGCUUUCUUUGUUCCGUGUCUGAUCUUACUGUGUUCAGAAGAUUGUUGGAUACCUUACCAUACUACAAAAUUGUUGAUAUCCUAAGGUUACUCAUAGAACUCAACCAACUCAAGAUAUCAAGAAACUUAAAAAGCAACGCGGCAAAGAAAAACUUUGGUUUACGGUCCUGAACGUGAAUUAAACCUUAAACCUUUGUUGUUUUUUAUGAUAUAAACAGGAGAUUUUGCACCCAGUUCAGAAAAUAAUGACUUCGUUUGGGUCGCUUAAGCAGGCUAUCUUUGACAGACAAGCAAGAAAACAGCAAUACCAAGAUCACAUACUUGGCCUGAAUGCUUAUGAUCGCCACAAGAAAUUCCUCAAUGAUUAUGUUGGAUAUUAUGGAAGAGAGAGAUUCACACAAGAAAAGUUGCCUGUUAAAACAGAUCAGGAUACACUUAAAGAAGGAUACCGGUUCAUACGAACUGAGGAAGAUGAUAUGAAUCCAUCUUGGGAGCAAAGGUUGGUGAAGCGCUACUAUGACAAGCUUUUUAAAGAAUAUUGCUUAGCCGAUAUGACACACUAUAAGAGUGGCAAGAUUGGUCUGAGAUGGAGGACCGAAAAGGAAGUGAUAUCUGGGAAAGGGCAAUUUGUUUGUGGUAACAAACACUGCGAUGAGAGAGAUGGUAUAGCUAGCUACGAGGUGAAUUUUUCAUAUGUUGAAGCAGGAGAAAACAAACAGGCCCUAGUGAAAUUGGUAACCUGUGAAAGAUGUGCAGAAAAGCUUCAUUAUAAAAAGAGGAAGGAGAAGGAGAAGGAGCAAUCUAGAGAAAACCUGAAAGAUAAGCAUCGUAGGGAAAGGGAAAGAUCUGUAAGUGAUGAUGACAAUAAGGAUGAUAAAUAUGAACGAAGGAAAGGCAAGAGUAGAGGGUCCAGGGCUUCAACUUCAUCUGAUAAUCCGGGUAAUGAAGAUAAUGAAAAUAUUGAUGAGUAUCUGGAGGGAAUGUUUCCUUGACAGGAGGAUAUUGAUAUCAUUGUAAAGAUUUCAAGUUCCAUAAAAAAUUUUUAGACUGCAGCUAGAUAUUUUUGUUGGGGCAACAGAUUGGAAAUUUGGUAGGAAAAGCGGAAGUAAAUUCGUAUCUUUAUAUGGCUAGACUGUUUAAAGGAACACAGAAACCUAGAAAAGCAGGAAGUGGAGAGCUCAAGUAUUCUAUUUGGUUGUCUUAUCCAUGAUCGGUCAGUCCUGAUUCUACGUCGGGUAUUAUUCACAUGUAGCAAGUAUUCUAUGUAGCAUUUAGUUAUCUACAGUUUUUGUUAACAGUAGCUACUCUGUAUGUAAAUACAAAAUCUUGCACACCUAUGGUCGUUGUGAAGUUUCUUGAAGUUUGUUCCUUUGACCUGACGAAUGUCUCAUCCUUCAAUUGUUGUAGAUCGAUUUAGAGAUGUAUUGCUCCUCUUAAAAGAAGGCAGUGAAGUUCAUGACUA